UGGUUGUUGGUAUACAGAAUCGACAAUGCCCACGCGGUUUCUAUGGUAGCAGUUGCCAGCAUACGUGUCCAAUGACUUGCAAUAACCAGCAAUGUAACAUUGACGAAGUUGGUCGUACUUCUUGUGUUGACGGAUGUGUGGAUGGAUGCAGAGGCAUCUCAUGCAGAAUCCCAUGUCCAGUGAAUUGUCAAGUGUGUGAACGUUUCAACGGCAGCUGUAUUAGUUGUAAGGAUACCUUUCAUGGUACAACCUGUACUCUCACAUGUGAAGAGUUGUGCCAGGGAUUCCGGUGUGACAAAGACAAGACAUGCUCUAAAACCACGUGUCUUGAAGGGCGGUAUGGACAGAACUGCAGUAACAAGUGCGACCCCCGGUACCUGACAUGUACCCAAUCUACUGGAGACUGCACCGCCUGCAGAGAUGGUUACUAUGGACAGAACUGUGAGCAUGAUUGUCCUCCGUGCAGCUUUACACGCGGUAGUAUGGAUCAGAUAUGUAAGGAUGGAUGCAAGACGACUCCAUGUACAGACACCACACCCGGCGACUCUGGAAAUACUGUCCUGCUGCGCCUGUCUUUGUCUGCGGUUCUACUGGUACUGGUCACUUUAUUCGCCUUGAUACUGCUUCUGUGGCGGCUCAUGAAGAAAAAGGCGGGAGACAAAGAGGAUCAAGAGCGACUGCUAACGAAAGAUGCUGUCAAGGUAAGUCAAGGUUUUUCGAUGGUCUGA